GGCACGCGACCGGCGACGCGACGAGAACGACGUACGCGCAGUACGCACGACGACUUCGCAAAUGACAGUCGCAAAUUAGAAAAAAAAAACAUCAAGCAAACAAACAAACAAAACAUUGCAAAACACCUUAAAAUUAAUCAAUUGCUUGUUGAUUUUCUUUACGUAAAUUAAUAUUAUAUUAAAAGAAGAGUCCUUAAUAUCCAAGCAGGACGAAACAUAGGUCGCAUUUAAAUUUGUGAUAAAUUUGUAAUGCCUGAGAACGAUACGACGGAGGAAAAGGAGUGGGUGAGAGGACCAGAGCACCUAGGCUCAGUAUGGUCGAGGAUAGCUCGAGCUAUUUACAAUCCUAAAGAAAGGAGCUUCUUGGGACGAACAGCCAAACGAUGGGGUAUCGUACUAGUAUUCUACUUGGUAUUUUACGCGGCGCUGGCGCUUCUAUUCGGCAUCUGCAUGGCGGGUCUGGUAUACCACAUUGAUGCUACCACACCAACAUACACGCUCGACCGAUCCUUAAUAGGUUCGAAUCCAGGAGUGACCUACAGACCUAGACCAAAUGACGGCAUCAAAAUCAGCAUCGACAUAAACAAUUUCACUGAAACUAAUGCAAUUUUAAAAGACCUCGACGAGUUUUUUCAGCCUUACUUAAUGGAUAGCAGUUACAAAUCGGAAAAUGGUUGCAAAUCUGACGACAAUUACGGGUAUCCCGACACACCGUGCCUUUUCAUAAAAAUCAAUAAGAUAUAUGGCUGGACACCGGUUUAUUACGAGAGCACGGAUUUGCCAGCAGACAUGCCGGAAGACUUAGUGGAGCAUAUCAAAGGAUUAGAUGCGAACGAGACUAAACGAGUAUGGAUAUCGUGUUUAGAAGAGAAAGAUAAUGGCACUACCAUAGAAUAUCCUUGGGGUCAAGGAAUCCAGGGGAGCUCCUUCCCAUUUUUGAACAAGGAAGGGCAGACGAGUCCUGUUGUAGCAGUGAGGAUCACUCCCCCAGUGGGAAAGCUGAUCGCGUUAAGAUGCCGCGCGUGGGCAAAGAAUAUCCAAUACCGCUUUAGCAUCAAGGACUUCUCCGGAUACACACCCAUCCAGGUGGACGUGGAAAACUCAGCCAACGUGACCGUCUAACUCUAUUAUAUACACAUCUUAUAUACAUAUAUUAUAUCCACUCUCAUAGAUAAAGUUUAAGUUAUUCCUUAUGUAAUGUGUACCGCGGACUGGCGGUAUUAUUCUUGUAAAUACGUCCAUGUGAGUGCUGGCCGUGCGCACAAAUAUAGCUUACAAAAAUAAUGUCAUAUUAGUUAUUCAAGCAACAUUGCGAUUGUCUUUCGCCUACUUAAUGCAAUACCACUUCACAGUCAUUGAGAAUUGGUUGAAGGAAAUUCAAUAGCCAAAGAACCAAUGCAGGAUAAUAAUAUUAUACAGAAUACAUCCCUUAUCCUAUUAGAAAUUCAUUUUUAAUGGGCACAUUUUAAAUCUAACACAUUUUAAGGGUGGGGUAGCCCUUGUAACGAUACUGAGAAAUUAGAAUUUAUAUCUCAAGC